UCCAUUGGUGGGAAAAAAAUGUUUAAAAAACUGGCCAAACAGCUUACCCAAGAACUGGAUUCAGAUGGAAAAUUGAUUCCUGUGAGCAGCCUGGCACAAAAUGAUGGCUUUCAACUUCUCUCUUUGGUGACUAAAAAGCCAUCUAGAUGGCCUUGGAACAGUAGAAAGUAUUCCCCAAUCUCUUUCAAACUGACAGACGUACUCCAAGAAGAAGCAAUAAUGGAAAUAGAGCUGAAGCAUUCUGAGCCACUUUUGUUUUCUGCUAACACAUGUCACAAAUCUGGAGGACGGCUAAACUUUAAGAUACAGUCUACAGAAGUAGAUGUUGGUGGAUUGGCCGUAGCUUGCUUGAAUGCCUCUCCAGUACAUCUCCGAAAAACCUAUGUGGACCCAGGAGAGCUGUGGAAGAGGGAUCUCUCUCUCAGCGUUGUCCAGCAAAACUACCCUAAACUCCACAAUCAAAUGCACAAUUUGUACAUUGUGACAGAAGUUUUGGUGAUAACGGAGCCCUUUCUCAUUGAUGAGACUGUCCAGGCAGGUGGGAAGGGGGAAGUUUCUGCCGUGAACAUACUUAAAAUCCAGGGUCAGCACAAGACAAUGAAAAAUAAGUCCAUGCUAAUUCCUUUUGGUACAGUGAUGGCAUAUGGAGUUGAGAAACUCCAAAUCUGUGAAGAAGACCCCGGUGAGUUUCAAACAAUGUUGGAUCACUCACUCACUUAUGAUGCAUUCCAGAGUGAACUGGGAUCUUCACUCACAGCUGUCCAGCAAGUGCAAGAUGCGGUUAAGGAAGCGUAUGAGCCACUGUUGUACCAGACCCAGCCUUUGAAGAAGAACCUUUUGGAAUCCUUUGAGAUUUUCCUGCAGAACAGAAAUGUUUCCACUGUACGGUCCAUGCUGGAGCUUUCCAUGGCAGGUGACAAUGUUGAUCGCUCCAUGUUGGAGUCGUUGAAUGAGGAAUUCCGCGUUCCAGUAGAAAUGCUGCUAUCCUAUUUAGGGAUUUUCCAGGACACUAAAAGAGGAGAAAACCAAGAUCUCUGGGGACCAAUGCACUUCCUUUGCUCUUCUAUAGAUGAAUUAGACUAUGAGAUGAUGCCCCUCUUACAGAAAAUGUUGGAAAAGAAACAACUGGCCAAACCAAUGGAGAUGGUGGAAUUCACUUUGGAAAGGAUUAUUUCUGGUGAAGAAGGUGGCACUUUCACUCUCCCUUCCCAUUCCCUGAUGGAGGAGGAAGUUGAUCUCAACCUCGAUAUGCUGCAAAUCUGCGGGCUGGAUUUAGAAAUUGGGGAAAAUUCCAUCACUUGCCAGUGGAAUAAUGAUGCCUGCUCAGAACUGGCUGCUCUGUACUCCAGCUUGUAUGCCCUGCAGAUCCUAAGUGGAUGAAGGAGGAAUUAAAACAGAUUCUAAAAAGACGAUGUUUUUGUGACUGCAAAA